GUCCACGGAUUUGAGAAGACACAAUACACUGUGUUGGAAGGCGAUACUGUUGAUGUCAUUUUCAAAAGAAACGUAAAAAGCGUAACUGCAUUUCCACUCCUCACAAUCGAAGGCAGUAUUGUAACAGAGGAUAUAAACGUUGACGACUUCAUCCCAGUUUCUGUCACACUACUGCGGCGCGAAGAGUCAAAGACCAUCUCAGUGACAGCUAGAGAUGACGACGUAGCUUUAGAGGGUGGCGACAAAAUCAUUCUGAGGCACACAAGUGGUAUCAAUAACUAUGUGGAUGCAGUGGAACAAAGGGGGGAGUUUAUCCGCUACACCACAGAAGUCAUCAUCAUUGACAAAAACGAACUACUGCUGAUUAAUGUGGAGAAGUCAUACACCGUGUUGGAGAACAACAUAACAGAGCGUAAUCUCACGGUUACAUGGCAGGAGAACCUGUCAAACCAGAAGCCCAUCAUUCUGAAACUCACAGGGAGAAGUCUGGACGUCAGUGGCGUCAAUCAGGAUAAUAUCGCAAGGCCAGGACAGGAUUUUGUCGAGGACACAGUAGACUUUGUAAUCCCAGAAAACAGAGUUGGACAGUAUGAUAUCAGCCUAUUCGACUUCAUUAUCAACGACGGCACCGUCGAACACACGAUUCAAAGCUUUGAUCUGGAAAUAAAGGCUGCCACAGAAGGAGUUGUGUUUGACUCAGAGAAUUCUACUGAGACAGUGACUGAGGUGGCAAUAGAGUGCACUGACAUGGCUGAGAUUCGUCUCAACAUGUCUGAUAUCGAAUUCAACGAAGAAGACGAAGGUCCAUUUAAUGUGUGCGUGAUCGUAGAGAGUGAAGAAGAUGAUUGUCCAGUAGAGUUUGAUAUUGAAUUUACCAUUAGGUUUACCAGGAUAUCAAGAUCAACUGAUGAUACGGACAAUGGCGAUAACAUUGAUCACGGCGGAGAUCAAAUCUGUCGCAAUGUGAUCUUGGAUCCGUGUAAUACAACAGCCUGUGUGGAUCUCAAAGAUGUCUUCAACAUUACAGAUGAUAAUGAAUAUCAUCUCCAAUCGUUCAACGUGUCUCUCUUAUCUAAUACUAGCAGGGAUUCUGAAGACAUAGGGAUACUCGAAGUCUUUACAGAAGUCAGGGAAUUUAAAGUACUAGAGGAUGACCUCCUGCUGCUUAAGUUGGAACAGAGCGAAUAUUACAUUUUUGACUCCAACAAAUCCGUUGAAAUAUGUCUGAAAGUAGAAAAUGGUGGAAAUGAGCAGUGCCAGGCAGAUGCUGAUUUCUAUUACCGUGUUCACACAUACGGUGGAAAUGCAACUCAUACUGAGGACUAUGCGCCACUUGGUGAACCUCACAACCGCCAGGGUGGGCUGAUGAAAUUUGAUAAAUGUGGAAAUAAGAGCUGCUUCUACAUCAACAUUACUGACGAUUCCACCACUGUCGAACAAGUAGAGUACUUUAAUUUCAGCCUGACCAUCGAGAAUGAUGGGAACAAAUAUGCGGAACAGCUGAAUGAAACUGGAGCUGUCUUUCUCCUACCAAAACCGAAUGUGAGUCUUAUGAUGGACACAAUCAUUGGCACUGAAGGAGCCACAGCUCACGUGUGUGCUAGCCUCAGCUACGACGAGCACUACAACAUCACAGUUUCAGUCGAUGUUGUUCCUUCUGUUUGGGAUGAUCCUGAAACUGCAGAUAUCAAUGAUUUCAGCCCUGUAACACAGACGAUGGUGUUCAAUUCAGCAGCAGAGGCCUGCGUGGAUAUUUUACUUAAUGAUGAUGACAUGGUUGAAUUGGAUUCUGGGUUCUUUAGGGAGACCUUCAGAGUGUCGUUAGAACCAAAUGACGACUACUCAGUUCUAUUUGGAGAGACAAGAUCUGCACGAGUUGGAAUUAAGGAUAAUGACAUGGUGAGGGUGGAAAUGGAUCUUGAUGCAAGUACGCUCACCAUAAGAGAAGGCAGCAAUGAACCAGCUCAAAUAUGUGCUAAGAUAGUGGCACCACAUGCUGUUUGUCCAAUUGAAUUUUCUGCUUCGUUUGCCUUCCUUUCUGAAACGACUGGCUCAGCAGAAUCAGGACCAACCGAAGAUUUUGUGGCACUCUCAAUAAUGAAACCGAUUAGGAAGUGUGAAACUGCAACGUGCGCUGAAUUGGUCUAUAAUGACGACAAUAUAGUGGAAAUGGAC